AUAUUAGUUCGUUAGUGGCGUUGUCGUUGUCAUAUGUAGGCGUGUUCAGUUGGAGUAAUUAAUCGUUACGACUUGACGUGAGUUUCAAAGUUCUUGUAAAGUGAUCUUCAAUAUCUAAAAAAAUGGCAAACGAAACAAGUUUUCCUAUUUUAUUAAUAGUAUUAUUCGUUUUCUGUUGUAUUCAGCAAGGAUUAUGUAUCAAAUGCUGGGUUUGCAGAUCCGAUUCUGAUCCAAAAUGUGCAGAUCCAUUUGAUAAUACCACUGUACCGAUAACUGACUGUAAACAAGAACCUGACUUAGAGCAUUUGCCAGGUGUAAGGCCUACCAUGUGUCGUAAAAUUCGUCAAAAAGCAUACAAAGGAAACAAGAAAACACAUCGCAGAAAUAACACGACGGCAAGUGCAUCGAGCCAGACUCUCGAUUUCAACCCGACCAUUAUAAUUUGUUUUAUUUCAAACGUAUCGUACGGAGAUAAGGGGACGUUGUACGAUUCCCACACAACCUUAUUGUCUUCUAAGAUUCGUGAGUCAAUGACGGUUUUGAUGUAGGCGCGCAAGUUUCGUGCGAUUAUUUCAUCGAGUUACGUAACUAUAGAUAAUGAUGCCAAAGAUCACAGUCUGACCAUCUAGAUAUCUAGUCCAUCGUUAUAUACCUUGACUACGUAGCUGUUGACGCGCGUGAAGCCAAAAUUCUGUGGUAAGUGACGAGCACCCAGUACCGUCACAUGCAGCGCUUUCUCGUUGAUCGAAUGAACGAUCCUAAUGCCCACUUCCGGUUCCAGAUUCACCGUGCGAUCUAACGGCGUGGACACGGUCUUCAGCCCCGUGUCUAUAAAACUCUUGAUCUUUGCCAAAGCCAUUAUGGACGUUCACUGCUGGAUGUUCUCGAUAGAUAUGUGUCUUCUUAUCGAUCUCGAGCGAUUAAUAAUAACUCAUGGUUGGAGCAAUGACAAUUCAUGAGAUCAUCAAUAAUUCAAUAUCCCUUGACAGGUCGUUACUGUAAAACAGAGAAAGCAAAAUCUCGUCAAAAUUACAAAAAUAAUAACAUGGAAGGCAAUAUCUGGAUACUCCAAAACCUCUACUAAAUUGCUUGCUUUCGUUAUCUAUCAUAUGCUUUAAUCGAUAAACAGUCGUGUUUUUUACGCUUGAAGCCGACUUGCCACGAAAGCCAUUGACAAUAAUCAAGCGCCGGUGUUUACCGCGCUUUGGUGCAACGCUCUUCGCGGUUCUAGACAAGCGAUAAGACCCCAACGGAAACAGUUGAGUUGCGAUCAACGUCGAUGAGUAACGGUAAAUUUCAAAGUGACUCGCUGAUCGUUCGAACAAGACUACGAAGUUGCUCUGUCUCCUUGACAAUCUCUUAAACUUCGAGCAAAUUCGAUCAUAAAAACAGGUGAUUAUAUCUAUCAGCUGUUCCAUCGAACGUGCUCCAUCCUCAUAAAUAUAGAAUCUCAAGUUAUAAUAAGAUCACGAAAGGAAUUUAUUCGAAGAACUGUAUCUAACGAUCGAACUUUCUCCAACCGAGGAAAAUUGUCCCGGUCACCGGGCGUUGUCACCUGUUCUUCGGGAGAAAAGUCCGCUUAGAAACAGCGUACAUACCAUAGUCACGAUGAUUUCGUCUGGCUGUGAAGCGUGGCUUGGAACUGGCCGUCGAAACUCGAAGAAACUGGCCGGUUUCUCGAUGAAGCACGUUGCCAAGGAACGUUCACUAGGCGCGUUUACGACGAUUAUCCAGGACGAAGCGUAAGAUCACCGUUUCCAUGACCACAAAGGCGAAUAUAAACACGUAGCAGGAUAAAGGUUGCGUGUCUUUCACUGGCCAUGCACUACAUCGCCACACGGCUCGAUCUCUUCAGCUCUGUUACGCAUCGUGUGGCUGAUUUGAGAUAAGACCAUAUACGUCACUGAGAAUCACUAGAGUUUUUGUCUAAUACGUAGACACACGCGUGUUAGGAAUUAAAAGCAAUUACACGUUGAAUCGUUACCUAGAGCUUCGAACGACGCGCUACCAUGGUAUGCGACCGGCGCUCUCGCGUGGGUUCCCUUUAUAAGGGGGCAAACCGACUGCAAGCCAGGGACGGAUUAUUUUGAAGGUACUAUUUUUCGGGCAUCUGUAUUACCGUGUAAAAUUUUGAUUCCUUAGAAAGAUUUUAGUAAUUUUGAGGAAAAUUUUCAAGAUAUAGAAAUUUUUCAAGAUAUAGAUACGAAUAACAAGUUAUAAAUAUCAUAGAUAUUAUAAAUGAAAUAGAUAUUAUACAUUAUAAAUAUAAGUAUGAAACUAAACACGAAGGAACUGCUAGUUGAUGAGAUUGAUACGAAAAGCAUAUUCUGCCAUUUACAUUAUUAUCUAUUAAUGUGUGUUAUUAUUUAUAAUAAGGCACAUUAGUGUGAUCGACAGGAAUGAUGUAAUCUACAUCUUUAAUGAAUAUUAUUACGUUCAACGUUUCACGAUUUGUAAUUCAGCAUAUGUUUCUAUAAAUAUUCGUAUAAUAUUUAUUACAUGUGAUAUGUAACGUGUAAUACAAGUUGAGAUGGCAGAUAAAGAAUAGAUUUGUUAAUUGGCUGCAAAUAUUCGCCAUAAGUGUUUAAUUUUCGAGCAGAAAUGUAUUUCAUUCAUUAGGAUAGGGCAUGUGGAGUUAUUUUCACGCUCCUGUUGCAAAAACUGGCCAGUCGUACUAAAGUAGAGUCACUACUCGUACACUUCAUCGUAUAAUCUUUAUAGACUUUACUGGGUUCCUGACGCCUGUUGCGCACACAAGGUCGCGCAUUGAUGUGCGUGUGAAUGUUUGUAACAGUAUGGUUACACGUACAUGAGGUGUAUGCGUGAGUAAAUACAACGUAGUGAAUGAGAGUGUAUAAAUACAGUGCCGUAGAAACGACAAACGUAGCCCUUCGUCCCGUAGUAUACAGGACAAUUUCAAGUGUAUUAUGAUAAUAAAUUACAUAAUCAAAUUAGAUUAGGAAAAUCCAUGAGAAAUGUAGAUAUGUAUUAAAAAUACUUAUAUUAUGACUUUUUAUUUAUGUCACUGUUUAAUCAGUUUUUGUAUCUUUUAAUUAAUGAUUAACCGGUAGAUUUCGAAUAAUUAAUAAUUAGACAGAUUCAUUAUUACUUUUAUUAUUAAAGGAAGUAACGAGAAAGAUUGCAAGUAAUAAAAGAAAGGGAUAUCAAAUUGAUGCGUAGUAGAUCUAAUUGUAAUGUGUAACAAUAUCAGAGACAAACAACAGAAUUCCAUAUGCAUUCCAUAAUGUAGCACAGUGUAUUGUGUCGCAUAAAAAACUAAUCGCGAAGAUGAUCGCGGCAUCAUGAAUAGAUGUAUAAAAUGCAAUAUAUAUGUAUAUUUAUUUAUUUA